AUGUUUAGCCCGAAAUAUGAUACUCAUUUCAUUGAUUUUCAGAUUCCCGAAGAAAGAAAUCAGGAAAUGACAUGUACUCUUGGUAGAUAUGUGGGAGCCCAAGCAGCCCAAACCCGGAAUACGCCAGGUGCCACUAGAAUAAACAACGCUGGCGGAGCUUUACGUGGGCGAGGGAAUGGGGGGUGGGGAGGAUUUCCAUCGAUGAAAUUCUUCGGUUGGCUGUUUCCUUGGUCCCACUCAAUUGCUUGCUCUGCUGUCAGAUCCAUACUGCAUGAUUCAUUGUGGAGGACAGCGGGUUUAUCUUUUUCCAGCUCACUAGAUCUUUGUGGAUCACGAAACAUGGUUCGAUGCAUAGAAGAGUACUGUGCGAAGUUGGACGAGCUUGAACGUGCGUGGGAAGGGGAUAAGUGCUAG